ACUCCACGCGCAGCCUGCUGCUAUGGACGACUUUAGAGGAUGGACACAUGAACCGAGGUGCUCGCUGCCAAAAUGCUGCCUUGGAAGAAGAAUAAGUUCGACCUGAUCGAGGAAGACAAGCAGUCCAAGCAGAAGGGCUAUGCGGUGAGUCUGAACUACUCGACGCUCACCUCCUUCGCCAAGUCUUGCCCAGAGAGCGCGCUCAACCGAGUGGGCAAUAUGUUUAAGUCCAAGCGGAAAAAGAUCAAGAUCACCAGCGACGACCCCACGUACACGGUGCUGUACCUGGGGAACGCCACCACCAUCCAGUCCAAGGGGGACGGCUGCACCGACGUGGCUGUGAGCAAGAUCUGGGGCAAGAGCGACAUGGGCAAGAAUGGUACCAAGAUGCGGCUCACCAUCAGCUCGCAGGGCAUCCGCAUGGUGCACGUGGACGACAAGGCAAGGAGGCCAGGACACUUGUACUUGCUGCACCGGAUAACCUACUGCGUGGCGGACCCCAGGCUGCCCAAGGUGUUUGCGUGGAUUUACCGGCACGAGAUGAAGCACAAGGCGGUCAUGCUGCGCUGCCACGCCGUGCUCGUGUCCAAGCCGGAGAAGGCGAAAGCCAUGGCGCUGCUGCUCUACCAGACCUCCGCCACGGCUCUGGCGGAGUUUAAGCGCCUAAAACGAAGGGACGAUGCCCGGCACCAGCAACAGCAGCUCAUCGGGGAGCAAACCAUCCCCUUGGCGCCCCUCAGGAAGCUGCUGAACGGCCAAUGCUACUACAAACCGCCGGUGGAGCGCAGCCGGAGCGCGCCGAAGCUGGGCUCCAUCACAGAGGACUUGCUCGGGGAGGAGGAGGAGGAGCGGGCCAUGCACUUUGAAUGCGAGGACAUUCUGGACACGGACGAAUGCGUGGCCAAUGGCAAACAGGAGCUCACCCAGAUUAUUAACGAUUUGGGUGAGAUGAGCAUAGGCAACGAUUUGCAGACACUAAAAGCUGACCUCAAAGUCACUAGACUACUAUCCGGAGAGAGCACUGGGAGUGAAUCGUCCAUAGAAAGCAGCCACGAGCUCCACUCACUCUCCAACGGCUUUGAACAGAUCAAAGUACAGUGAAUAGCUGACAUUAAAGCCAUUGUCGUGCGUUGAGCCAACAUGUCUUCUAGACACAACCCACCUGUUGACAGCAUGCAGACUUUCUUAAAACUGUGCCUCUUAAACACUGAGUACCGGUUAGAUAAACAUCCACACUGUUUGUGACAUAUUAUUUUUUUGGGACUAUGUUCAUGCAAAAAAAAGUGUCAUUUUAGGAGUGUGUUAAUGCAAAAAAAAAAAAAAGUGUCUAUAAGGGGAUGUCUGCAUUUAACCUGCCAAAGCUUGGUGCUCUAAAGGAAGCACACGCAGGACUAAUUCCCAUCUCUUUUAUUUAAGAGGAUUUGCCUCAAGACUUGUUUACGCCAAGUUUUUCCAGUGGUGAAAAUAACAUCAUCUGUUGAAAACAUGCCCUCUAGCAUCCAAAAAUAAUGGUCGUUAAUUAUUUUAUUCAGCAACAGGCCAUAUAUAUAGCAUAUGGCAUGACAAGUGCAUUUGGUCCUACUUGCCAUGCAUUUAACCCACUCACAAUAUAAUUUGGUGGGUUGUGUUUUUUGUAGGAUUCCCCAUCCGUUUUAGUGGAUUCCAACCAUUAAAAAAUGUCCACCUCUUUUAUUUGUUAAUUUUGCACUGUCAUGGACUUUACUGAAGUAUCACGUUGGCUGCCAUGUGCAGAAUGUUUGUUUUGUUAUGUUGUCCAAAACAUAAAUGUCAUAUUUUUGCUGUGCAAAAGAAAAAAAAAAAACAUUUUAUGUUGCUGUAAGUUCAGAUGUUUUGAAUAAAUGUGUAAUUUUUCUAAAUAAUACAAAAAUGUGGUUUGUUUUGUGAACCCAUUAAUGAUAAUAAAAAAGCGAUGCAAUGUG